CACAGUUGAUUCUUUGGGAAGGUAUUGUCAUGCAAAUAAAGGACGCGUAAAAUAUUCCCCCAGAGCGCAGCGCAGGGCAGAGACUCACACGGACCGCGAGGAGGACACAGACCGGGCCACACGGUGGAUUUCUAUCGUUUGCGUCGCUACGCACCCGUCCAUCUGUCACAGACACCCUGGCCACAUGAGCAGCGACACAUAGCCAGGAAACAGGUUGGACCGCUCAAGGAGGACCGACGGGGAUCCAACAACGAGGAGGCUGCCCUGUGGAGAUAGUGGUCAUACACAUAUACACCAGUUCCCCCCAAGUGAAGUCGGAGGUGUCUUUCUUCUCCAUCCCCUUGUGUAGGCUACCUGCUGCUGCUACUACAGAAGGGGAACUAUAUCUAGAGACCCCUGGAUCACUUGAGAGCACCCCUUUAUGUUUCAGGGGAUUUAGGAUCUCUCAAAUAUUAACAUUUUUGCACACCAAGUGUGUCUUUUCCUCUCUUGUCCUUUUUGGGAUAUAUACAGUGAUCUUUUUUUUCCGUUUUAGUUCUUUAAGUGCCUUAACAACUGGUUAUAACCCAGUGUAACUGUGGCAUUGUUACCAGACCAGAGACGCUCAACAGGGAGAAGACGAUUGUUAUCAGCUUUAGAGCCCAGGCAGGAUUACUUGCUCCCCACUCUCCAGCGAGUUGCAACCAUGAGCCAGGCGGACGUGUCGACCUGCUCUGCGCCGCAGAGGGUUUUCCAAGAGGCGGUGAAGAAGGGCAACACCAAGGAGCUGCACUCUUUGCUGCAGAACAUGACAAACUGCGAGUUCAACGUCAACUCCUUCGGGCCGGAAGGACAGACUGCCCUCCACCAGUCCGUAAUUGACGGCAACCUGGAGCUGGUAAAACUGCUGGUGAAGUUUGGUGCAGACAUCCGACUGGCCAACAGGGAAGGGUGGAGCGCUUUACACAUCGCCGCCUUCGGGGGCCACCAAGACAUUGUGUUAUACCUCAUCACCAAGGCCAAGUACUCCUCUGGCGCCCGGUGAUCUGUCUCUGCUGUCAGGUAAAAGAAAAAAAAGUAGAAAAUAAAAAAUAACACCAGAUGAAAUAUAAAACUGCAACACAACACACGGGAAAGCCAGACUCUUGUAAAAGCAUAAAAAACUGCCAUUACCUACAUAGUUGUGCCAAAUUUUAUGAAAAGGAAAUAAACAUAAAGUAAAAGUAGGCCUGCACAAUUUUCUCUGUGUAAACCAAACGGAACCCUCUCUGCACUCUCGGGCCAGUCAUCGCAUGGCUCGCACACAGAGCUUCAACACGAGUCUUUAACACAAAAAAGAAACUCAUUUCGGUGAGUUUGUUGGUACUAAAGCUUUCCUCUUGAAUGUGCAUAUUAGAUCGUGUCGUCCACUCUAAAAGAAGCCAGUGUCUGUGCAUCCCAUGUGUGUGUUUGGACCCCAGAGUGCAGAUGGCCCAGUUUUUUUUUCUAUCACUGACCCCCCCAUUCUCAGUACAGUUGAAUAGUUUCUUUGUGGGGCGCAGAUUUGACCUGUUGCUCCUCAUUGUUCUGUAAAACCCUUUUAAGUUAUUUUAUAUGAAACACGGCACUUGAUGCUACAUGGCUGCAUGCUGGAAUAUCUGAAAGGGAAAACGCACGAACAAGAAGAGAAGAAGGGUUGCCCUCUGUUGGCUGCCAGAGGUCUUUAAUACAUUCACUGAUUCAUUUUUUUUUAACUCAAAGAGCGGCAUUAUGGCUAUCCAACACGUUUAUUUUUUUUUCAGAUGUGUAAUCUUUAUGUAACAACAACCGACUUCAUGGUUGUUGUGAAGUACUGUACACAAUAGCUUUACUUUGUUUCUGUUUUUAAAGGAAAGGAAAGAGACAGUAUGCGCUCUGCAGAUCUUGCCGUGCUGGCGUCCAACUUUUCAGGCCAGUGCGACCACUUUGCCAAGGGUCGCUGUGUUAACUAAAAAAAACCGCUGCUUUCGCUUUGUAUAAAAAGAAAAAAAACAUUUUUGGAAUUCACUUUAUAAUCUCCUUUCAGUAUUUUAUUAACAUCCUAGUCAUCACUGUGAAAGCAGGCUGGGUUUUUUUUAAUUUUUUUUUUUUUUUUAUUUAUGAAGGUACAUUGAGAAGAUGCAUUUUUGAAUAUGUUGUGGUUCUUCUUUUAAACAAAAAGAUCGUGGGUGAUUCAAGCUGCUUCAGACUCUUUAACUGUCCCGUGUGGAGGUAGACCUGCCACCCCACCCCACCCCACCCCAUCCCAUCCAUCCACCCACCCAUCACAAUUCCCAGAUCCCCUCCACCACCACCACCACCCCAUUUUGGCCUGUAGGUUCUCAAGGGGACUUUCUCCUCCUCAUCUUCCAGUUAAAAUGACUUUGUUUGGUUGCCUUUUCCCAGCUACCUCGACUGUAAAGUAUUCUCAAGUUGCUUUCUUGCCACAUUAUUUGGAGUCUGAAGAGAUUCACAGUUUGUGUGUGUGUGUGUGUGUGUGAUCAUCCACAUGCCAGCAUGUCUCUGCUGUGUUGUCUAACAGACAGACGGACUUCUGUGCAGCAGAUGCAAUGAACCCAUUCCUGCAUCCUCAGUCGGGACAGUUUAUUUUACACUACAACCAAACCAAUGCUGACAAGCAAAGCAUCCUGUUGACUUUCUGCAAAGGGAGUCUCGUCACUUUCACCGCCACUGUUGCAUGUUUCCCCUCCAAAACCUCCACGUUGCUCUCUUUCCUCUCUCUCUCUGUCCUCAUCAGCCUGUAUUUUUCUAUUUUAUUUCCAGUCAUACAUAAAUGGAAUUGUAUCACAUGACUUAUAAAUGCAGGGAGUUUUAUUGCACAAAAAUUGCGGAGCCUUGUGCGCCCCCAGUGUUCGUACGGGGUAACUGCAGGAGCCAAGGCUUUGGAAUAGUUACUACUACUGAGCAGGAGGCCAAUACUGUUGGACGAUGAAGACUUUAAACAACACAUGACUAUUGCCGGAUGUCACAGAAAAAAAGGAGGAAAAUUUGGUUUCAUAAACUUGCCUGCUGCAUUUUGAAAGUCAUGGCACCCUAACAUUUGUAACAAUGCUGCUUGUGUGUUUCUUUUCUUGUUAAUGUUGAUGUUUUUUUUGUUUUGUUUUGUUUUUAAUGGCCAACAGUUGUGUAGAAGCUUCACAGCAUCGCUGGUUCACCUCACGAGAAGCUGUUGAGAAAGUGCGUGUGUGUGUUUUUUUAUUAUUGAUGUGUGUGUGUGUGUGUGUGUCCAUGUCAUUGUGAACUUCUCGUGAGGCCCGUGCCGCUGCGUUAAACAGUCAUCCAGACUGAGAACUUCCCAUUUUCAACCUGGAACAACCACAAAAACAACAAAAAAAACAACCCAAACAAUAGUUCCACUCCAUGAUGGCAUAGAUUGGUAUCAGGCAACAAAUGAAAUAUGCAUCGCUUGUCUUAAACUUGAUUUUACUUUUUUUUUUUUCGUUUGAAUAUUGCACUGAUGACUGUUGUUGAAAAGGUUGGCUUUUAUGUGUCAACAUUUUAAUUUUUUCUGAAUGGAAAAAAAAACAAACACAACAAAAUACUAUUGUAUAAAUAUAUGCUCCAGGUGAUAAUGUCCUAAUGUGUGUAUUGCUUUGUGGAAAAAACAUGAUGUUUUUCGACAAAGAUGCGUGUAUCUCUGUGAUUGGGUGUAUGUAUAUAUACAUAUGGAUAUAUAUAUCGACGCUGAUGAUGAUGAUGAUGAUGAUGAUGAUGAUGAUGAUAUCUUGGGGCACUUUCUUUUCUGAAGUGCGGUCUUCCUGUCGUUGUUUUUUUAAAGGGGAAUAAUACAUUUGAUGGUAAGAUCAUUGUAACAUGAUUAAGAAUUGCACGGUUGUGCGGUUAUUUGGCAUACCAGGGUCAUAACAUUUAUGACGUAAGGAGCCAGCUGCCGGAUUGGUGUACAUGAGUGAGAAGAUUUUUUUUUUUUCUAAAAUAAAGGAAAAAAAAAAGUGCUGACUUCUUCGGGCCAACUUUUUGUGUUUCUGGUCUUGCUUCAUUUCAAGCAAGAGGAAACAGAUAGAUAUUUUAUUUUCAUGAGUGAUGCAGAUGUUCCAUCAUGUCUGUUUUUGUUUGUUUUUUGUUUUUUUGUAUUCUUUUUAUUUUUUGAACAUUUGUAACACUGUGAUGAUGACGUGAUGUCAUGUGGAGAUGAGUGCUGUAUUAUUUUUGUACGUUUGUGUACAAGCCAGUAAAGAAAUCAUUAAACUCAAA